CUAUCGGCAUACUCUGGCGAGACAGCAAUGACUGAUGAUGAUAGAUAUGUAAAGAUGUCUGUCCAUCUAAUGAGCCCACAUCAACUUACUGCUGGGCAUAGGACUCCUACUCAUGCUACUUGUAACGGUCCAUUUUUGUCUUAAAUAUUGUAGUUUGACAAAUUCAUUAGAAAUUAACCAUGUUGAUUUCCAGGCGUUUUUUUUUUUGAAAUGGAUGAUAAUGAAAUGGUAACCCCACCCGCGCUAUCGGUAUACACCGGCGGGGCACCAGUGAAGAAUGGUAGGUGAGAAUGAAGUAGGUCAGUUAGUCCAUCGUGACGAACUCAACAAGAAUUGUUCACGAUGGUUUCCAGGGGGAACCACGUGGAGGUCGAUCUAAUAAGGUAUAUUGCUAGCAAUGGGGCUGUCAAACUCCAUUGCUAACAAUCCUUUUCUGAUUUCCAGGGGUGACCGCGUGUAUGUCGACCGGAAAAUCUACUCCUUAAUCUAAUAUCGAUAUCAAUCUAAUCUAUUGCUAAUAACAAUUUUACACUGCACUCAUGAAACAAUAAUUAGGAAUUAGGUUAGAAUUGGGUCGGUCUGUAGUAGUUUACAUUAGCAAGUUACACUAAUAUGCAUCUACAAGUAGAACCAUUAUGUCGUUAGUAUUGCAAUUCAGAAUUUAGUUCAAAAGUAACCAACCUGAUAAGGUAUAUUGUGGGGGCUAUUAGUUCCCAUCACAAACAAUUCUUUCUCAUAUUGUUAUCAUAUUUAUACAAAUAUGAAUUUUAAAAUUCAAAGGAAUUCUAUCUUGGGAUCUGCUGCUCACUUCCGUAAUCAUUUGUAUCGAAACUCACUCGACUUUUGCUGAAUUGGAACAAACAUAAAUGACAAGGUCUUUAUCACAUUAACUCUAAUUCAGCAAUAUUUAAUAACAAAGGUAAUAGUAAGUCGUCAAUACGUGAGACGAAUCAGUUGUUGAAUCAACAUAAUUAUACCGGAAAGUGUACGUGACAAUUUUUCAAACGAAACACGAUUUUAUAUCGCUUAAUAUCCACACUAAUUCUAUAUUACUUUUAUGAAAUUAAUACUUGACGUGUGCUUUAUGCUAAUUUUGUAUUUGUGAUUAAAGGACGUGCUAUUAAAGUGAUUCUAUGGCCAAGUAUGACUGACGCUUAUCGGGAACAACGUCCUUUGUUAGGCGAAACCUUUGUCGAUGAAGAUCACUACAGUCCACAAUAUCCACGACGAUUUCGACCCGUGGUGCUGAAGAAUCGAACUAAGAGUAAAUUGAGAGGGGCAGUUUCAAUCUUCAAACGGUGGCCAAGUUAUUGGUCUACUGCUUUUGUAUAUUGGUGGAUCGGAUUAGGGAUGAUUGUGAUCACUACUUUCAUUAUAUAUAACGGAUUUGUGGCCUUUGCGUUACUACCACCGGAACAUAUUUCCAGUCUAAUGCCUAAGCCCAUAACAAACAACAAUGUAAUAAAGACAACAUCUAAUAAAGAUUCAAUAUUACUUGAUGUAUUUAUGCACGUAUUAAUUGAUUCACAUGAUAAUAUGGACUUUAAAACAUAUCUACCAUAUAUUGAGAUAAUAUCUAAUAAAUAUUAUAAAUAUAAUUAUCAUCUUGUCAUAAUUUUCAAUGAUACUAACAAUAGUGUCCUUAGUGCUGAAGAAAAUAAUGAUAUGGCACUAAACUUACUUUGGGAUGAGACUCUUAUUAAACCUAACUUAUAUAGAAAUAAUAUUUUAAUUGAAUAUACAACUUUAUCAAAAUAUAUGAACAAUUCGCCUCUAAGAAAGUAUUGGAGAAAUAUACCAUCACAAUUUAUUGAGUUUUUAAUUAGAGCUCUAUCGAUUUGGGAGAAGGGAGGUAUAGCUUUCAAUCCAACAGUGUUGACGCCUCAAACUCCGCAUUCUAUUUACAUUGAAAAAAUAUAUAAUAUACUUAUGAAAUAUGAGAGUAAACUCUUAAAUAAUAAUACAACUCCAUUAAAGAAAUAUAAUGAAGGAAAUAAAUACCAAGAAAAAAUAAAAAGUAAAGUCAACAAUAUUCAAGAUAUUAUCCAUAUAUUAGAACUUGAUAAUAAUUCAGAGACUAAUAAUAAAAAUAAUAUUGAUGAAAGUAGUAAAUACUCUAAUAUGGUACAAAUAGAUACAAAGAAUAAUACUAAUGUACUGAAUAACAAUGACUUCAAAAAUGUAUCUGAUAAAUAUGAAACUUUGACAAUGGCUGAAUCUAAAACUGACUUAACAAAUAUUAAAACAUAUCAUAAACAAAACAGCACUGAUAUUACCUCAAGUCUUUUGCCACUAUUUCUUAAAUUCUUAUUCAAUGACCUACCAAUUAAUAAUACCAAAGAAAAUUAUUCAGAUACAUCUAAGAAAGUAAUAACGAGAAAUCGCAAAAGUGUGUUAAUGUAUGAUGAUAAAAAACAAAAUGUUAUUGAUAAUUAUAUACCAAUGAUUAUACCCACCAGAAAUAAAAAUAACAAUGUAGUCAAUAUAACAGAUGUCAAUGAAAUUCCUAAAAAUAACGCAGAAGAAUUAACAAUUGAUUUAAAAGGAAAUAUAAUUGCAACAAAAAUACCUUGUCAUGCUUUCUUAGGAACUAUAUUUAAUAACAUCAGUCACCAAAACAAGGACAAAACGAUUACGGAUUUUUUAAUACAAGAAUUGAUUUUGUUUUGUAAAGGACUUUUAUCAAAAUGUAACGGUAUUGAUAUUAUUUUACUAUAAUUUAGCUGGUUUCUUAUAUUUAUUGUUAUUUAAUUUGAUGAUAGAACAUUAAUGAUAUAUAUUUUGUUGAUUUUUAUUGUAAAUAUCGAAUUAUAGGUUAUGAAAUUAACAACAAGUUUUAAUUGUAAUAAUUUAUUCACAAUAUCUACCUUAAAUCUUAAAAUUAUAAAAGUCGUGCUCAAAAUAUUGUGAGUAUUUUUGUACAAUAUUUUGUUCACAAGUUAUAUGGCGAAUUUUUGUUGUCAUACCUUUAAGUAAUAUUGUAGUGAAGACUAG